GGCACGGUUGGUCGCCUCCCCACCAGUGAGUCAACCCCGGUAACAGGCUACCUGUCCUGUGUUCAGAAACCAGAGGCUGUGGUCCACGCUAUGAAGGUACGGCAACUUGACAUCAUCUCUCACACAGACCUAGGUUCAAAUACAUGUGUAUGUAUUGUAGGGCGGCAGGUAGCUUAGUGGUUAAGAGCGUUGUGCCAGUAACCGAAAGGUCGCUGGUUCUAAUCCCCUGGCCGACUAGGUGAAAAAUCUGUCGAUGUACCCUUGAGCAAGGUACUUAACCCUAAUUGCUCAUGUAAGUCGCUCUGGAUAAGAGCGUCUGCUAAAUGAGUAAAAUGUAUUUAUGGAUCUGGUUUUUUAAAUACUUUUUUCUGUGUAUUUGAGUAUUUUCCAAUACACAACCCAAAACAAGUACUUUUAUUUGAGCAUUCAAUGUAAAAAAACCAAUUAGUCGACCAAAUUGUAUUUAAGAGGAAUUUCAAAUACUCUUUUCAAAUACCUGGGUUAAAUGCAUUGGGAGUGUAUUUGAGUAAUUGUAUUUGAAAAUGUAUUUCCAAAUACAUUACAAUUUUCAACUACUUGUCUCUUCAAAUGAACUAUACCUGAAUACUUUCAUAUACAUACUUACGAAUGUACAGUGAGGGAAAAAAGUAUUUGAUCCCCUGCUGAUUUUGUACGUUUGCCCACUGACAAAGAAAUGAUCAGUCUAUAAUUUUAAUGGUAGGUUUAUUUGAACAGUGAGAGACAGAAUAACAACAAAAAAAUCCAGAAAAACACAUGUCAAAAAUGUUAUAAAUUGAUUUGCAUUUUAAUGAGGGAAAUAAGUAUUUGACCCCCUCUCAAUCAGAAAGAUUUCUGGCUCCCAGGUGUCUUUUAUACAGGUAACGAGCUGGGAUUAGGAGCACACUCUUAAAGGGAGUGCUCCUAAUCUCAGUUUGUUACCUGUAUAAAAUACACCUGUCCACAAAAGCAAACAAUCAAUCAGAUUCCAAACUCUCCACCAUGGCCAAGACCAAAGAGCUCUCCAAGGAUGUCAGGGACAAUAUUGUAGACCUACACAAGGCUGGAAUGGGCUACAAGACCAUUGCCAAGCAGCUUGGUGAGAAGGUGACAACAGUUGGUGCGAUUAUUCGCAAAUGGAAGAAACACAAAAUAACUUUCAAUCUCCCUCGGCCUGGGGCUCCAUGCAAGAUCUCACCUCGUGGAGUUGCAAUGAUCAUGAGAACGGUGAGGAAUCAGCCCAGAACUACACGGGAGGAUCUUGUAAAUGAUCUCAAGGCAGCUGGGACCAUAGUCACUAAGAAAACAAUUGGUAACACACUACGCCGUGAAGGACUGAAAUCCUGCAGCGCCCGCAAGGUCCCCCUGCUCAAGAAAGCACAUAUACAGGGCCGUCUGAAGUUUGCCAAUGAACAUCUGAAUGAUUCAGAGGAGAACUGGGUGAAAGUGUUGUGGUCAGAUGAGACCAAAAUGGAGCUCUUUGGCAUCAACUCAACUCGCCGUGUUUGGAGGAGGAGGAAUGCUGCCUAUGACCCCAAGAACACCAUCCCCACCGUCAAACAUGGAGGUGGAAACAUUAUGCUUUGGGGGUGUUUUUCUGCUAAGGGGACAGGACAACUUCACCGCAUCAAAGGGACGAUGGACAGGGAUAUGUACCGUCAAAUCUUGGGUGAGAACCUCCUUCCCUCAGCCAAGGCAUUGAAAAUGGGUCGUGGAUGGGUAUUCCAGCAUGACAAUGACCCAAAAUACACGGCCAAGGCAACAAAGGAGUGGCUCAAGAAGAAGCACAUUAAGGUCCUGGAGUGGCCUAGCCAGUCUCCAGACCUUAAUCCCAUAGAAAAUCUGUGGAGGGAGCUGAAGGUUCGAGUUGCCAAACGUCAGGCUCUAAACCUUAAUGACUUGGAGAAGAUCUGCAAAGAGGAGUGGGACAAAAUCCCUCCUGAGAUGUGUGCAAACCUGGUGGCCAACUACAAGAAACGUCUGACCUCUGUGAUUGCCAACAAGGGUUUUGCCACCAAGUACUAAGUUAUGUUUUGCAGAGGGGUCAAAUACUUAUUUCCCUCAUUAAAAUGCAAAUCAAUUUAUAACAUUUUUGACAUGCGUUUUUCUGGAUGUUUUGUUGUUGUUAUUCUGUCUCUCACUGUUCAAAUAAACCUACCAUUAAAAUUAUAGACUGAUCAUGUCUUUGUCAGUGGGCAAACAUACAAAAUCAGCAGGGGAUCAAAUACGUUUUUCCCUCACUGUAUAUGAAAGUAAUUGAGAUAUUUGAAAUAGUAUUUGAACUGCUCUCACAACACAUCAAAUUAAUCUGAUGUUGCUGUUUUAGCUGGGAUAUUGAGAUUGUAGAGUUAUCAUGCUGUUUUAGCUGGGAUAUAGAGAUUGUAGAGUUAUCAUGCUGUUUUAGCUGGGAUAUUGAGAUUGUAGAGUUAUCAUGCUGUUUUAGCUGGGAUAUUGAGAUUGUAGAGUUAUCAUGCUGUUAUAGCUGGGAUAUUGAGAUUGUAUAGUUAUCAUGCUGUUUUGCUGGGAUAUUGAGAUGUAGAGUUCUCAUGCUGUUUUGCGGGGCUAUUGAGAUUGUAAGUUAUCAUCUGUUUUAGCUGGGGGAUCUUGAGAUUGUAGAGUUAUAUGCUGUUUAGCUGGAGAUAUUGAGAUUGUAGAGUUAAUAAUGUGCUGUUUGCUGGAUAUUGGAGAGUAGAGUAUUCCUGGGUUUUAGCUGGAAGUGAGUUGUAAGUUAUAUGCUCUUUUGUUCCAUGUACAUUUAGUCAUUAUUUAGGCAGUGCUCUUAUUCAGAGCGACUUAUCUAGGGAGCAAUUAGUGUUAAGUGCCUUUGCUCAAGGGCACAUCAACAUAUUGUUUUGUUGUUGUUGUGUUGAUGAUGUGUUGUGAGAGACUGCUGGUUUAAACAAUGAAUCACAUUUAUUCACUAACUUGGUUUUCAUGAUAAUAUGCCUGAUUGUACCAGGUGUUGGAGGUGCAUGAGAACCUGGAUAAGAAGCAGGUCCCAGAGGACUACGAGGAGGAUCUGAGUGAGAAGGAGAAGGCCAUCGUCAGAGAGAUGUGUAAUGUAAGUAGAUGUACAUCCUUGCCUUUCUUUCUCAUUCUCACCAUCUCUCUCUCUCUGUUUUUUUUCCCAUCUGCCUCUCUCACCCUGAUGAGUUAUUAGUACAGGUAGAACAUGAGGAGAGGCAUUCUGGGUCCUGUAACUACAUUGCCUUGGCCUAUUUUGCUCAGAGCUACAACGCAGUAGAAGGAACUGUAGCUUUUGCUGUACAGAGAGUGUUCUCUCUCUCUCUCUCGCUCUCUCUCUCUCUCUCUCUGUCUCUCUGUCUCUCUCUAUCUCUCUCUCUCUCUCUUUUUUGGGUUCUCUCUCUUCUCUCUCUUUUUGGGUCUUCCUAUUUUUAUCUCUCUUGUCUCCUUCUUUUUCUCUUUUCUCUCUUUUUGGUCUCUCUCUCUUUGGGGUCCCUUCUCUCUUUUCCCUCCUUUUUUCUUCUCUCUCUUCCUUUACCCCCCAAUCUUAUUUUACUCCCCUCUUUUUGGGCCCCUCUGCUCUCCUUCUCUCUCUCUCUUUUUUUCUCUUCUCUCUCGGGGGUUUUCUCUCUCUCUGUCUUUUAUCUCUUGUCUCUUUUCUCUCUGUUCUCUCUCUCUGUUCUCUUCUUUUCUCUUUCUCCUCUUCUCUGUCUUCUCUUGUCUUCUCUCUUUGGCUCUCCCUUCUCGGGGUUUUUCUUCUGUUGCCCUAUCUCCGGGGUUCUGCUCUCUUCCCCUUUUCUUCCUCUCCCUUUAAUCUUUUGGGCCUCUCUUCUCUCCUUUUCGGUUCUCUCUCUCCUUUGUCCCUCAAUUUUUUCUUUUGGGUACCCUUCCCCCUCUCUCUCGCUUUUCUUCCUCUUUUUUCUCUUUGGCUCUCUUUUCUUUUUGGUUUUCUUUUCUCUCUUUUUUGUCUUUUCCCCUGCCUCUCUUGUGUCUGGGUUUCCCCUCUUCUCUCUUCUAUUUACCUCCAUCUCUAUUUUACUCUCUCUCUCUCUUUUCUCUCUCUCCCCUCUCUCCUCUCUUUUCUCUUCCCCCUUCUUCUUUUCUUCUUCUUUUUCCCCUCCCCUUCCGGCCCUCUCUUCUCUUCCUACCCUUCCCUGGCUUUUCCCCCUUCUCUCUUCUCUCUCUCUCUCUCUCUUCUUCCUUUAACCUCCACUUCUAUUUUCCCUUCUCCCCUCUAUUGUGCAUCUUUUUGCUCUCUCUCUCUUCUCUCCCCCUUUUCCUUUGUUUUCUUUUUCUCUUUGUCUCUUCUCCCCUUUCCUUUUCUGUCCCUUCUCCCCUUUUCUCCUUUGUUCUCUGUCUCUCUCUGUCUCUCUCGUUUCGCCCCUCCCCUUUUCCUCCUUCCCCUCCCAUCUUAGUUUACUCUCUCUCUCUCUCUCUCUCUCUCUCCUUUACCCUCCAUCUCUAUUUUACUCUCUCUCUAUCUGUGCAUCUCUCUCUCUCUCUCUCUCUCUCUCCUCUCUCUCUCUCUCUCUCAUCGUGGAUCAGUGUUCUAAUUGGAGCAGUGUUCUAUUGAUUGGAGUCUUUUAUAAUAGGCUCUCGCAGCCCAACUGUCAGAGCAAUUAAUCUAUCUGAGGGGGCAGGAAAAAGAGCAGAGCAGGAUUCGUAUCAUUCUCCUCUCCUCCCCUCCCCUCCCUCCCUCCAUUAUUCUACGCCUUCACCUCCUCCCUCCAUCUCUGUGGUGCUGAAAGGCCCAGGCGGCCCCCUACAAAUAGCCUACUGAUGAGGAGAGAGAGAGAGAUGUGGCAGGGCAGGAAUGUGGGGAGCUUCACAAUACCACCUCUGUAUCAUCUAUGGGGCCCUGGGUCCUCUCAUCUCACAUGCAGAGAGAUUCCACCAGAAGUUCAGUUAGUGAAAGACCAAGUGAGGACAGAGAGAUUCCACCAGGAGUUCAGUUAGUGAAAGACCAAGUGAGGACAGAGAGAUUCCACCAGGAGUUCAGUUAGUGAAAGACCAAGUGAGGACAGAGAGAUUCCACCAGGGGUUCAGUUAGUGAAAGACCAAGUGAGGACAGAGAGAUUCCACCAGGAGUUCAGUUAGUGAAAGACCAAGUGAGGACAGAGAGAUUCCACCAGGAGUUCAGUUAGUGAAAGACCAAGUGAGGACAGAGAGAUUCCACCAGGAGUUCAGUUAGUGAAAGACCAAGUGAGGACAGAGAGAUUCCACCAGGGGUUCAGUUAGUGAAAGACCAAGUGAGGACAUAACCCUUUAGUUUGUGUUUUCUUUGUGUGUGUGUGUGUGUGUGUGUGUGUGUGUGUGUGUGUGUGUGUGUGUGUGUGUGUGUGUGUGUGUGUGUGUAGGUGGUGUGGAGAAAGCUGGGCGAUGCAGCAGGAUCUAAGCCGUCCAUCAGGCAGCAUCUCUCUGGCAACCAGUUCAAAGGCCCUCUGUAG